UGACUGACUUGAGUCAGUGCCUGUUUGUGGUGUGCGAGCGAGUCGAGAGGCGAGCGUCAGCGUGUGUGUGUUCUAAAGAUAGGCGGAGUUAUAUGCAGGGACAGUCGAGUGCGCUAUCAUAAUUCUCAGGAAACUUCGUCCGUCAACAAUUCUAGAUGUCAUUGCAAGGAACAACAAGCUCCCCUCGCGGACGAGAGAUUCCCAGCCGCAGAGUCGUUCUCAACAACUUAGAACAGUUACCAGGAGAUUACAGUACAACACCAGGGGGGACGCUGUUCUCCACUACCCCCGGGGGUACAAGAUUAAUUUAUGAUCGGUCUUUCUUACUGGAAUGUCGGAAUUCCCCAUUAACAAAAAGCCCUCCAAUCAUGGCUAAGAUUCCUGGAAUCACUGCACCAGGGGAGAUAGAAGUGGCAAAAGAAAAUGGUCGUAAAAUACCCGAGGAAAAAGAAAAAUCUGACCACCCUGAAGAACAGCCUCAGUUUGAGAUGGAUAUCUAGAAUUACCCACAAUGCCUUUCAUUUCAUUUCCCCAACAACUGCCUGCCAGUAUUGACUGGUGGACCUUGGCAGUCCCGAUGGACAGGAUUGAAACACCAACGAGUUUCAAUAACUUUCUCCAAGUACUUUUAUAAAAUCACACAGCUGAAAAGGAAAGUGAAGGUCCAGAUAUUUUCAGCCAGUGAAAUAUCUGUUGCUGCGGUUACCCAGGAGAGAAUGAAUGUGACAUUUUGACAGAUAUUAAUUAUCUUAACAUUUAUAUGUUUUUAACAUUUUCCAGUGCUAACAUACAUAUAGUAUGUAUGACAGCGGCAUUACUCUGGUUUCUUUUGAUGCCAUGGUUACUGUGUGAACCUUGUAUCAAAGAUGCAACUUGUGUUACUUGUUUAUCUUUUAGUUAUUUACCUGUUUUCAGUUUUAUCUCCAUCUCAAAGUGCUCAAUGCCUAACUAUGGGACACUCUAGUUACCUAACUGUGGAUUACUCUUGUUUCUUAUGCCUAACUAUCUAAGGGUUCGUUUAUUAAGCAUUACUAUGGGACCUCUUGUUUCUCAAUCUAACUAUGAGGCAGAUUUGUUCAUUGAAACUAUUGCCUUUAUCAGUGAAGCAUUUCUUUCUGGAAGUGAUAGAAUUGCAUUUCUUCAGCAAUAAUAAAACUGGUGAAUUAUUGACAAUGAAUGUGGCCAAAAUCUAAACUAGAUUUGUCUUUAUCAGUAACCAAUGCAAUAAGAACUUUAGUUAACAUUUCAGCGACAUGAAUAUGAUAAAAAUAUGUCCGUUCUCAUCAAAACAGUGUUCAGAGGGGCACAGGCAAGUCAUAUAUUCUACUCAAAACAUUUGGAAGGCUGUGUGUUGAAAUGACCACUAUUCAUGACAGAUUCACUAUAGUGGAAGGGGAAUAUGUUUUAUAACUUCUGUUGAGUAGUAUAUCUAUUUUGUAACAAAAGGGGAUGACCUAACAUGUUUUCAAUGAUAUAGAUACGGUCAAUAUCAACAUUAGGCUAUGUGUCAUUUACAGGUUCAUAUCCCUUAUUAAGGACAAGUCAUUUAUUUUAGGUGGGGAUAGGAGCUUUGGUCACUGUGAUAACAUGAUUCCCCAAUUUGGUCAAAUUUGGGGUGAUGCAGAUUAUUGUUCUUUUCUUUCUUGCCCUUUUCUUUCUUGCCCUUCACCAUGGCGACUCCCCUUAUAAUAAAUGGCUGGUUCCUCAUGACGAACAUUGGUAAUGAGACCCAACCAUCACACGAUGGCUCAUUGUCAUAAUACUCUGUUUAUUACGUACUACUGUCUCGGGUAAGUCUCAUGGCUGUGCUUUCCAAAUCUUAAGCAAGUAUUACUUUGUUCUGAACUCUACUGUGUUCUGUGUGAUGUCUGUGUUGUUGCCUCCCUUUAAAUGUUACGAUUUGAUACCGGUAUACAUUCAUGACAGUGAAUAUGCAACUAGAGGAACUAGACGCUCUCUUCUCCAGUGCUGGAGGUAAUGGGGCUGAGCCUCGAUCCCCCUGUGCACCACAAUGCUUACAUCAUGAAACAUGUGCUGCUAUGCACUGAACUCAUGACCAUGUACUGGCACAUCGAAGAUGACAGCAUAAAAAAAAGGAACAUUUAGAGGCUCAAAAUAUUUGAUAGAAGAAUAGUGAAAGUAUACUUGGAACCUCAAUAUGCAUAGAUUUUUGUUGUUGCAUAUAUUUAAGGCUUGUUUGUUUUUUGGAGGGGCUGAAUAAGAAAAAACUGUUCGGAUAAUACUAUUCUGCAUUUUUAGUUACUUGAUGUAUGGAUUGUGGCACAAUGUAUUAGGAUACUCCAGUGAAUCAUUACGUCACUUGUUUUUCGAGAAACUGCCGCAGUUUGUGCUACACCUGUAGGGUUUGUACUCUGUACUGUUUGUGUGUGUUGAUAUGGUAAACGUCGAUGAAUCCUACAGGAAAAAAUUGCAAUGUUUUCGUGAUAUAUGCAGUUGA